CGAUUGUGCACAAAAGGCCUGCAUAGACAAGUAAGCAAUAUGGCGUCCAAUAUGGUGACCCAGAUAUGAGCUGCCGGAAGUGCAAGGAAGAAAAAAACGAAAGUGAAAAAAACAAAACAUUUUGAAAUAUGCUUGCCAACCCGUCAUAAUUUUUUUUUAUUGAAAUAUUGUUGAGUUGUAUGCCUGGCUAUCAAGAAAGAACAUUAGAUAAUCUGCAGUGCUGGUAUAUGAAAAAACUUUGAAACCAGUGAACAAUUCGCACUUUGAAGAAUGUAUUAAAAUAUCACUUAAAUAAGAAUAAUAAGAAAGUAUUUAUAAGAUUAACCUAAAUGAUAUGAAUUCAUCAACAGGAGUACAUAACUUUCAUUGUGUGACAAUAGCUAGUGUUGAUUUCUUAAAACUGCCUCUAAAAGACAUUUUGGCUAGUCGUAUAAAGCCCGAAAAUCUCUUUAAAGAAAUAAAUUCAUGUUCAACUCUUUUGUCUGGAAAAGAUAAACUUCGUCCUGACCAACAGAAGGUCUGUUUUCUUCAACCACCUGACAUACCUGAUUACAGCAAAUUUGAUGUCACUUUGCUGUACACCCUUAUUAGGAAUUUGUGCCCCAAGCCGGAGCCAACACAGGGAUGGGGAAAGGAACCAAAACCCGCAGAUAAACAGAUAAGUGACGAUAUCGAGCGAAUCAGGCAAUUCAGAAAUAACUACUUUGCACAUGCUAGAUGUGCUGCUUUUACGGACAGUGAUUUUAAAGCUAUUUGGGAUAAUUUAAGAGCUGCUGUCGAGAGAAUUCAGAAAAAUGUAAAUUACACUGUAGAUUAUAAUGCAGAGUUGAUAAAGAUAGAAAGCUCUAAAUGUGAACAUGACCAUUUCGAACAAUGCCAACUUCUUUUGAGAGCCUAUGCAGGAUUAGAUAAAGAUGACAGAGCUGAUCCAGACUUUUUCAUAAAGGGUCAAGACGCGGUCGUAUGUGGAGAAAAGGCACAAUUUGAAGUAGACGUGAAAACAUCAGAACUUUCUUGUUGCUUAAUAAAAUGGCAGAAACGCAAUGGAGAGAUCACAGAAGACAUUGAUACGAGUAAAAUGAAGUACAGUGGUAGUUCGAAAAGUAUUCUUGUCAUACAAUCUGUAUGUAAGAAGGAUGAAGGGGAAUACCAGGUCGUUUUCUCACGGAAAUCAAAUGAAAAUGAGUACAAACUUUCGACAAAUAAAAUUUGUCUACAGGUUCUUGGAGAGGUGCCGGAAUUAACCGAUUUGGAGGUUAUACCAGGAAAACAAGAAAUCAAUAUAUGUUGCUGUCAUGCAGUUAAAGAACUAUCACCUUCAGUACAACACAUCGAAUGGAGUAAGAAUGACAGAAUUCUAGAUGAAAAAUGCAAACCGUUACUCGCUAAACAUGGUUAUAACUGCUGUUUGGAAAUACCAUCACCGUCUUUAGAAGAUAGAGGAAAAUAUUCAUGUACAGUAUCCAACGCUGUAGGAUGUGUCUCAAAGCAUGUUAUUAUUGACGUUCCAAGUGUAAAAAUCUCUAUCAAAUCAACUGUUUCUUUUUAUGGAUCAAAAACAACCAUAAAGUCGGUAGUUUUAUCAAAUCCAUCACCUGGAAAAGUAGAAUGGCAGAGAAGCAAAGAUGGAAACACAUUUGAUUUCAUCGACAUCGAACAACCGAAAUACUUUGGAAGUUUAAACUGUUCUGAAAGUCCAUAUCUUGUUAUUUCAAAUACGACUUUUGACGACAGGCUUUAUUAUCGUCUUCUGGUUUGGAAUAAAAUUGGAAAGAAUGUCAGUAACGUGGUUUAUCUCAACGUCACAGGAAGUACUCCAAACAUCACAACAUGUCAGAAAACAAAUAUUAAAAGCAAAACAGUAACAUUAAUUGGUACUGUGUUUCUGUAUGAUGAUUCGCCGGAAGUUUCCGAAGUUUUCUGGACAAAGAAUGGGAUUAGAAUUGAUACUCAAAAAAGUGGUGGUAGAUUAUCAGAAGUGACCAUUAAUGAUCCAUCAUUGACCAUCAAAAACGUCUGCCGUGAUGAUACUGGCAAUUACCAACUUACAGCUACGAAUGCAGUCGGGUCAACUAUAAGUGACAGCAUCAUUCUUGGUAAUCCUGAUGUAUAUUUGGAAAGAAUUGAAGAUAAAGAAAAUGGGAACAGGUGUUUUACAAUGACCAUCAAUUCAAUUCCAACACCAUUUGAUGUUCGAUGGAGUACAAAAUGCAACGACAGCGAAAAGUUCUUGCCAAUAGAUGUCAACGCUGAAGUAUACAAAGAAUCAACUGUUUCUCUUCCUCAUCCGGUUUUAGUUGUCCAAAGAGAAAAUCAACUGGAAAACAGCUGUUUUCAAAUAGAAGUUUCAAACUUCAUAGGAAGCACCGUGGAGGCUAUUUCCGGCAAUCAAAUUACCAUAAAGCAAAAACGUAAAGGUGUUGUAGAAAGCAAAACUUACAGAGAUAAAGGAGGAUUUAGCUUUGCCAUGCUCAGUAACUAUCUAGCAAAAGAGUUUCCACAUCAAAAGUUACAAAACCUGAAAUAUAUAUUACGGGCCUCUGGCAAAGUUAAGAAUGAAACAUCCCUUAGUGCAGCAAAUUCAGCAUUAGAAUGUUUCCUUAUUCUUCAAGAUGAAAACCUGUUUACUCAAAAUGAUGUUAUUUUUAUGCAAUUUCUUUGCAAAGAGACUGACUGUAAAGAACUCUAUACAAAAUGCAAAGACUAUGCUUUGACACAUGAAGCAUUGUGUUUUUACGAACAGCCUCCAGAAAAUGGUUAUCAGAACGUUCAGUUCCACAUACAAGGAGACUUAAACGAUUACACGAAAGAGCAAAUUUAUAAAAUCGUAGAGAGUGUUGCUGUUAUACUGGAUUGUAAGAUGGAAGAUAUAGCGAUUAAUGGUUUAAAACGUUCGAAUAGUUUUAUACUUUGUCUUUCAAUAAAAGAUGUACACACUUGGAAACUGUUUGAAAUUAAUGAGGAAAACAGUGUCAGACUAAUGCAGCUUAACAUUGACUUUUUAAUUGUUGGCGAAAAAACCAUUUACUUAAGGUCCAAUGAACAUACAAAUGACAUGCUUUUUCCAUCCGUUUAG